ACCGUAUCGAUAGUUUCAUUAUCAGAAUUUCAAUACGCAAACAUUUGGACGUCAACUCAUCAACUCCAGACUGAAGCAACUGAAAGGCCCAUACAACAUACUUUGAGGCCGCAAGGCGAAUCGACACAAACAACCAACUUCUGCAGGCCAGGAUAGUCAGAUAGUAGAACUUGAGAUUCGAAAAGGUCGACAACGGAACCAGGAAGGAAGGAUUUGGACCUUCAUCACACCAACAAACACUCAACGUUGAUAUCGCCAUUUCACACCAACCACAACCACACAACAUGCCCAUCACAAUCCUCCCACCUAAAGCCUUCCGGGACCAACCACCCCGCCACAGCCUCAACCAUGACUCCGACGACGUAAUGUCCGACGCCACCUCCGACUCUGAAGACUCCGACUCCCAACCAGGCGGCGUCUCCCUCGACGGCGGGGCGACCAUUCACCCUCGUAAGCGUCAUCGCUCCGGCGCCGGCGCAGCCGCCUCCUCCACCUUCACCAAGCGUCCCAAGACCAACGCUGCCAUCAACUCCAUCCCGCGCUCCGCCAUCGUCACUCCCGGCGAGCGCAUCACCACGGACCCCCAAUGGAUGCGCGGCCACGGCACCUACCUCUCCUCGGCCUCUUUGGGUGAACAAGCCAUCACCUCCUCGCUGGCCGGAAUCGUGACGCGCACCAAUAAGCUUCUUUCCGUCCGCCCUCUGCGCGCCCGCUACACGCCCGAGGUCGGCGACUUGGUAGUCGGCCGCAUCGUCGAAGUUCAGGCAAAACGGUGGCGGGUCGACGUCGGGUCCACGCAGCUCGCUGCUUUGCCUCUUUCCGCCAUCAACCUUCCCGGUGGCAUUCUCCGCAAAAGAACGGAGACGGACGAGUUGCAGAUCCGCACUUUCUUUGCCGAGGGGGACCUGGUGGUGGCCGAGGUGCAGCAGCUCUUCCAAGAUGGUGGUGCGGUGCUGCACACGCGCUCGCUCAAGUACGGCAAGCUGAGGAACGGGGUUUUCAUGGCUGUUUCUGGCACGGGCGGUGGUGGAGGCGUGGUCAGGUCGCGCAGACAGGUGUGGACGCUCGAGAGUGCGAAUAAUGGCGGUCCGAUUGAUGUGAUUUUGGGCGUCAAUGGCUAUGUCUGGAUCUCAAAGCAUGUGGAGCCUGUGGUUCCCGAGGAGGCGAAGGGCCAGACGGGCAUUACGAACCUUGAAGAGGUGGUUAGUGCUACCAUGUACUCGAGCCAGAAUGAUAGGAUCGAGCCCGAGACAAUGAGGGAAAUUGCGAGGAUCAGGGGCGUGGUGACGGCGCUGGUGGAGAAUGGAUUGAGGGUGGAUGAGGAUAUGGUUACAAAGGGGUAUAAUGAGGCCGUGGAGCUGGCGUUGGUGAGCGCGGAUGGGCCCGAGGAUGUGUAUCUGGGUGGUGAGAGGGGAGAGCAGCUCGCUGCUGCUUUGACGGCUGUCUAGGUCUAGUUCUAGCUGGGUCUAGGGGUUUACGUAGUAAUGUGUUCGGGAAACCAAGAAGAAACAAAUUGCUUCCCCAUUCGAUGUGGUCGCCAAUUAGCUUCGAGCCGUUGAAGAGCUUCCAUUUAUGCAUAACACGACGCUGGUGAUGGCUUGUGAACCCUUAAAUCAAUCUUGAUCCUGAAGUAUGGUGGUAUCCGU